AUGGUUGGCCUGGCCUCAGCUGCGGGAUUGGUGGGGUUCCUUUCCGAGCCGGAUACCGAGCUUAAGGUCUUUGCUCUUAAGGCUCUUGACGCCCAAGUUGAUCUUUUAUGGACUGAGAUCGCUGGAUCUGUCGGGCAGAUAGAAGCUCUGAGUGAAGAUGAGUCUUUUCCUGAACGCGAGCUUGCGUCUCUCGUCGCUGCCAAGGUAUACUAUCACCUACAAGAGUAUAGCGAGAGUAUGGUCUUUGCCUUAGGAGCUGGCAACCGGUUUGAUAUUGAGAAUGGCGGCGAGUUUGAAGAGACCAUUAUCUCAAAAUGCGUGGAUACUUUCAUUUCGACCUGUUCGAUGCUCAAGGCUUCACAGACUACAGGACGAGGUGGUGCUUCCCAGUUAAAUACCUCUUUCCCAAGGAAUGAAGGAGGUGUCUCGAGCACAUCUGCUGGUUUAAGUUCCCCAAUCACUCCAUUUUCGCAGUCCGCAUUACCUUCGAAGUCUCUCCUAUCGCGCCCCGAAUCGUCUGCGGAAACCAGCUAUCCCGUCGGCGAAGACCGUGGCAGUGGUAGGGAUGACGUGCCUGUGAUACUUCAGCGAGGAACCCAAAGACAACUACAAAAUAUCAUCAAGCGGCUCUUUGACCGGUGCUUCGAACAACAAAGAUAUCGACAGGUCAUAGGUAUCGCUGUCGAGGCUAAAAAUCUUGACAUCAUUCGAGUAGCCAUUCUACGGGCCGCUCAUGAUGCCAAGGAACAAGGUGUUGAACCAUCGAAGCGAGGAGAGGAGCUGAUGGAAUAUGUUCUGGGCAUUUGUAUGAACGUAGUCCAGGAACGGGGCUUUAGAAAUGAGAUCCUUAAACUGAUCCUCGAGCUCUUAAACGAAAUACCUUCACCCGACUAUUUCUCCAUUGCAAAAUGUGUUGUCUACCUGAAUGAACAUUCGAUGGCAUCUGAUAUCUUGCAAAAACUGGUGGCGAAGGGUGACGCCAGGUCUCUGGCUGUAGCUUAUCAAAUAUCCUUUGAUCUGUACGACAACAGCACCCAGGAGUUCUUGAAGAAGGUGCGCCAGGAACUUUCGGCCGCUAUCGCUGAGCCCAAAGAGACGGAUUCCGCGGAAAAGAGGGAACAGAAACCGAAGGAGUCAAAGGAAACUGAUAAACUAUUGAGCGAUGAUGAAGAAGAAGAUGAUGAUGAGGACGAGGACGACGAAGAUGAGGAGACUUCUCCAGCAAGAAGAAAGUUCACCGACGAAGGACGAGCCUCUCUAAAAUCCAUUCGAAGCAUCCUAGAUGGUGCUAAUUCUAUCCAACUCAACCUUGAGUUCCUAUACCGAAACAACAAAGCUGAUAUCGCCAUUUUGGAUAAAAUAAAGGACAGCCUGGAGGCUCGAAACUCGAUAUUCCACACUGCAGUAACUUGUGCCAAUGCUUUUAUGCAUGCUGGAACAACCCAUGAUAAGUUCUUUCGCGACAACCUGGAUUGGCUAGGCAAGGCAGUCAACUGGUCCAAGUUCACUGCUACUGCCGCUCUCGGUGUCAUUCAUCGAGGUAAUCUAACUCAAGGCCAGAAACUCCUUGCACCAUACCUACCCAAGGAAUCUAUGGCAGGUGUUGGCAAUUCCGGGUCUGUUUAUAGCCAAGGCGGUUCACUGUAUGCAUUUGGUUUGAUAUAUGCUAACCAUGAAGGUUGGGCCGUGGACCAUAUCCGUGAGCAUUUCAAUAAGGCUACCGAAGAAGUAGUACAACACGGAGGUGCUCUUGGGCUGGGUGUUGCAGCUAUGGGAACUGGGGAUGAAGGAAUCUAUGCCGAUUUGAAUAAGGUUCUCAAUGCUGAUUUGGCUCUAAAUGGCGAGGCAGUUGGCCUUGCUAUGGGCCUUGUUAUGCUGGGAACCGGAAACAUGAAGGCGCUGGAAGACAUGAUCCAAUAUGCUCACUUGACUCAGCACGAAAAAAUCAUUCGUGGUCUCGCUAUGGGCAUGGCACUGAUCAUGUAUGGCCGCCAAGAAGCUGCAGAUGAGUUGAUACAUGGACUCCUAGGUGACCCUGACCCUACGCUUCGAUACGGUGGAAUUAUGGCGAUUGCACUGGCUUACUGUGGAACUGGAAGUAAUAAGGCGGUCCGCAAGCUCCUGCACGUUGCUGUUAGUGAUGUUAGCGACGAUGUCCGCCGCGCUGCAGUCAUGAGUUUAGGAUUCAUUCUGUUCCGCAAACACCAGAGCGUUCCUCGGAUGGUUGAGCUUCUCUCCGAAUCUUACAACCCUCAUGUCCGAUAUGGUGCUGCUAUGGCUCUCGGCAUCUCAUGCGCCGGAACUGGUCUAGAUGAGGCUAUAGAUCUUCUGGAGCCUAUGUUGAAGGACCCGACUGACUUCGUCCGCCAGGGUGCACUGAUUGCUCUCUCCAUGGUACUUGUCCAGCAAAACGAGGCAAUGAAUCCCAAGGUUGGCACCAUCCGCACGGCAAUGCAAAAGGUGAUUGCCGACCGUCAUGAAGAUGCCAUGGCCAAGUUCGGCUGUGCUCUUGCUCUUGGAAUCAUUGAUGCCGGUGGCCGGAACUGUACCAUUAGCUUACAGACCCAGUCCGGAAACCUCAACAUGCCCGGAGUUGUGGGAAUGGCUGUCUUCACACAAUAUUGGUACUGGUUCCCGUUGACCCAUUUCUUGUCUCUCAGCUUCACACCUACUGCUGUUAUUGGCGUGGACCAGAAACUGGAAGUCCCAGACUUCAAAUUCCACAGCAAUACUCGCCCAAGCCUUUUUGACUACCCCCCCGAACAGCAGGUAAAGGCAGAUGAAGCCCCGGAGAAGAUCAAGACUGCAGUUUUGUCCACCACUGCGCAGGCGAAGCGACGAGCACAAAAGAGGGAGAAGCAACGGAGUGGAAGCAUUGAUAUUGAACAAACACCAACCACUCCAAAGUCCGCCGCCCAACAGCUUCCAGAGAAAAUGGAUGUCGAUGAAGCCCCCAAGGCGGAAGAAUCAAAGGCCAGUGGCGACAAGGAGGCAGCUGCCGAACCCAAGCGGAAGCCUGAGAAGGAGAAGGUUGGCUACGAGAUAUCCAACUUGUCGCGAGUUCUUCCUGCUCAAGUGAAAUAUAUCUCUUUCCCCGACCAGAGAUAUGAGCCUGUCAAGAAGGCCACUGGAGGAGUUGUCGUUCUUCUUGACAAGAAACCCUCUGAGCCACGCGAUAUCAUUGAGUUGAGUGCCAGCAAGGAGACGAAGCCAGCCGCCACCGCCGCGGCUGGAAGCAGCCAGGCCAACACUGUCCAGAGCCGCCUUAACGCUGCUCUCCAGGGAGCUGCUCAGGCCGCCUCCGCGGCCGCUCCAUCCACUCCUGCCCGUCCAGGCGCUAGUAGCGGCGCUGCAGCCGCUGCAGGUGUUCUUACCGCUGUUGAUGAGGACGAAGAAGGAGUUGAAGAAGCUCCGGUGCCAGACGACUUUACAUAUGAAACCGAAGGAGAGGAUGAAGAGCUUUAA